GUACGAUGGCAAGAUUAAUGCAAAUAAAACUUUCGUGAAAUUGUCACUGACUGCCAGUAGUACAGACAGACAUUAAACGCUCUCCUCUCUUCCCUCUCUCCUUGGCUCGCAUUCACACUCACGCAGCAGCAGCAGCAAGCAGGCCAGCAGCAGCAGCAGCAAGCAGCAGAGCGCGCCCUGUUCUUGUGCCGAGGAAUUAUUUAUUGCCACCGCAUCGAGAUUUAUAUAGUACGGGGAAAUUGAUUGCUCAUUCCCCUCUGCUUCCUCCAUCCACUGAUCCACCCCAUGCUGCGAUAUUUUCCUCCACUCGCCGCCGGGGCAGCAUUUGCUCGCGAUUUAUAACCUCCCCUCGCCUUCGCCUCUCCUUUCUGCUUGUCUUUUUCCCCAGUGGGGAGGUUAGCACCCGGCACAAGCAAAGCGCCGGGUUCUUGUCGCAGUUUCUGCGCGCUCGCUCGCUUUUUGCCCGUAAGAUCUGAUACAAAGAGGAGAGGGAGAGCCAAGAGAGGAGAGGUUCUCGUGUGGAAUUCUUCGGCGAUGAGGUCCGACGCCCGUCUGGAUUCGGUGGUCUUCCAGCUCACCCCCACCCGGACCAGGUUCGAUUUGGUUCUGAUAGCGAAUGGCCGGAAGGAGAAGUUUGCAUCUGGUUUGCUGAAACCGUUCGUCGCUCACUUGAAGGCCGCCCAGGAUCAGAUUGCCAAGGGAGGGUACUCGAUCACACUUGAACCAAGCUCAGGGUUCGAUGUGCCAUGGUUUACGAGAGGCACCGUGGAGAGAUUUGUGCGUUUCGUGAGUACUCCGGAGGUCCUUGAGCGAGUCAGAACACUGGAGUCUGAGAUCCUGCAGCUCGAGGAUGCCAUUGCUAUCCAGAGCAACGAUAGUCUUGGAUUAAAAUCUGUCGAAGACCAUGGAAGAAAGUUGACUGAAAGCAAUGGAGGUGGACGUGCAAAUUAUGAUCCUGAUUCAGCCACAGCAAUUGUUGUCUACAAGCCUGGAUCAAAUCCAACGCCACAAAUUCAGAAUGAAACAGCAGCACAUGAGGAGAAUUCAAAAGUUCAAUUGCUCAGAGUGCUUGAAACCCGCAAAACUAUGUUAAGAAAAGAGCAGGCUAUGGCUUUCGCUCGUGCUGUAGCUGCUGGGUUUGACAUUGACAACUUGGGUUACUUGAUCGCAUUUGCAGAGCGCUUUGGUGCUGCACGUCUGAUGAAGGCAUGUUCACAUUUCAUCGAACUGUGGAAGCAGAAGCAUGAAACUGGACAAUGGAUUGAAGUUGAACCUGAAGCAAUGUCUACACGCUCUGAAUUUCCUCCAUUUAACGCAUCUGGCAUUGUGUUCAUGGGAGACAACAUGAAGCCAAACUUGGAAUCAGGCUCCAUUAAUGGAGAGGCAAAUGGCGAGGAUGGAGCUAAAGCUGAUCAGAAGUCCAGCCAGCAGAUGGGAUCUCAUGCUGCAUAUCCUCCAUGGGCAAUGCAUCCUCCAUCUGGUGCAGUUGUUUACCCACCUUAUCCUAUGCAAGGCAUGCCUUUUUAUCCUGGGGUGAAUCCAUACUACCCUCCAUAUCCUCCAGUGGAUGAUCCCAGGUACCACUACUCAGGAAGGAAAUCUUCGAGGAAGCACUCCUCGGAUAGUAAGGACUCAGAAACUCUUGACGUUGAAAGUGACCAUUGCAGUUCAGAUAGAGGAAGUUCUCAUGGUCGCAAGUCACAUAGAAAGGGGAAGAGGUCCGGAAAGAAAAAACCUAGUGUGGUUGUUAUCAAGAAUGUGAAUGUAACAUCUAAAAAGCAUGGCUCAUCAGAGAGCGAAUCACAAUCAAGUUCUGAAGUUGAGUCUGCGGACAGUGACAAUUCACACUCCAAAUCAAGUGAAAGGAAGCAUAAAAGCUCAAGUUCAAAGAAAAAGGAGGGUAGGAGAACUACUUUUGCCUCCGGAGAUGAAUAUAGCAAGGAUGAAAUGUCAAAUGGCCACGAUGCUGAGCAAGGAAACUGGAGCGCAUUCCAAAAUUUCUUGUUGAGAGCAGAAGAAAAAACAAGAUCUAGUGAUGCAGACCUGUUUGCUGGUGAGAAAGAACCCCCAUCAAGGAGAAAACAGAAUGUAAACACAGCAGAUCCUAUUCUUUUAGCUGAGAGAGAUGGUGGCAUUGUCCAUGAGCGGAACAUAGUAGGUUUUGAUUCAGCCAAUGGGAGGACUAGAGCUAUCCGGGUCAUGUCCAAUGAUGAACUUGUUAUGUCUGGAGAAGGGAGGAACUAUAUGCAUAGUGAAAUAAAGGAGAUUGAAGCUGGUGGAGGAAGGUACAGGAGAGGGACAGGUGAUGACUACAUGGUUUAUGGUCAGGGAAGUCAGAUAGCCAGACAUAGUUUGUUGGAUCCUCUUGCAGAGGCCCAGUACAAGAAUCCUGUUCAGCAGGACAAGAAUAGGAAUGGUGUGGCGGACGAGUCCUUUAUGAUCCCUCUUAGGUCCAGCUUACAUGAUAAUAUCGGAGCAGAAAGCAGAACUACUAUUGACAUAGAUGUUGAGCUUCCUUCUAGAAUUCAUAAAGCAUCAGAUGAAAAGGCUGGACAUCAGCUUUUUUACGAACCUGACGAAUUGGUGCCAGAGCGUGGAUCUGAAGAUGUUUCAUUUGGAUAUGAUCCAGCAAUGGAUUAUGAUAGCCACAUGCAGACUACUGUGAAGGUGGAAGAUGAAAAAACAGAGGAUGACUUGCCAGUUGCUGACAAUGAUGUACAGAAGGUAGAGAAAGAGAAGCUAAGGAAUGCAAAGGAUGGUUCAGAUAAACGAAGGAAAGAUGCCUUAUUGAGGAGGUUAUCGGCGCCAAGGACCCCACUGAAUGAUGCACAAAAACGUGCACAGAACCUGCGUGCAUAUAAGGCAGACCUUCAGAAACUGAAGAAAGAACAGGAAGAAGAGCAAAUAAAGCGAUUGGAGAGGCUCAAAUUGGAGCGGCAAAAGAGGAUCGCCGCAAGAGGUAAUGGAAAGGGUCCAGGGAAUGGUUCUCCUAAAGCGAAUGGUACGAAUGGACUCAGUAAAUCAGUUCCAACCUUCACUGGGUUGAAAAAGGAGAAAAAUGGAACAACUGAAUCACUCAGCGAUCGACUGAAGAGGCUUUCUGAACCCAAAAGCAUUGCUGGGGCAGAGCAUUCCUUGAAUCCAAAGUCAACUGGCGCAGACCAUUCACGAAGAAGAAGCAUGGCGUGAGACGGAGAACCGAGCAUCUUGAAUCCAUCGUACCACUCGCUAGCUCAGCAACCAUGAAUGGCAUAUCAAAAGGCUUCUUGUACAGAAAGAGGAAAUGGCUGGCGCUGUAGCACUGCCUGCUUCCAAGAUUUGUGAUGGAAAAUCAAGUUACCUUUUCAAUGGCAUGGCGUUGUACUUCCAAUUUUAACAUAAUUAUUUCAUUCUUUUAUUGAGGAUGGCUUGUAAUAGCUGUAAACCUGGAUUUUUCGGCGACGCGGAGCUAUAUUUUGGUUUUUGGCUGUAUUUAUGGAAUGGAUUGAUCGUUGUUUGAGAUAUAUUGUGGUAUUUAUACAGUGUAUAAAUGUCAAUUGGCUUUGGGUUGGA